GCUGUGCUGCUGCAAAGCCCCGUCCUCUUGGGCUUUUUAAACGCCGUGUUCGCUUCACGCUUCGACAAUAGCUCCAGUCUCCGCUGCUGCCGCGGACCUCACAGCGACGCGCCGCGUGAGCACCGCGCGGAGGAACACCGCGUUUGUGCACGUGAGAAGAAACAAGUCCGAGCCUGAAAAAAUCUUCGGAUAAAAGCGUUUAACCCCAGAGCCGCCGGAGCGCCGCUGAAAGAAGCCCACUGCAGACACCGAGGCCGCGGCGGUGAGAUGUGACCGAGCCGCGGUCCAGCGUCCAGGCACCAGGGCUUUUGUUCGAUGCCCGCCGCAGCUCGCAGCGUCCGGCCGCGUUGAUGCCGCUGAGCCCGGCAGGAUUCACCACGACGUCCAGCGGCUUUGGGAAGACAAAAGGUGUCUGCAGCGCGCACACUGCACAGAAGCACACGCACUAGUAACUGCUGAGGUGAGGCUUCACACUGCUGCUCAGAAUGGCGUCGGUGGUGAACUACGCCCCUCCCUGGUGGGUCAACCUUCUGCACCGCCUACCCCACUUCAACCUGGAUUUCCAACUCGUCAGCAGCGACUUCAGGCCCGACGACCAGGAGUACCAGAAGUCGGUGCUCCUCCUGGGGGCCACAGCUCUCCUGUGCCUGGCUCUGGAUCUCCUCUUCCUGCUCUUCUACUCUUUCUGGCUGUGCUGUCGGAGGAGGAAGAACCAGGAUGCGUCCCACUCCCACGGUAGCUCCCAGCCCAGCGCCGACUGCUGCUGCACGGCCUGGUGCGUCAUCAUCGCCACCCUCGUCUGCAGUGCUGGCAUCGCUGUGGGCUUCUAUGGUAACGGAGAGUCCAGUGACGGGGCAAACCGCUUGGCCUACUCACUACGCCACGCCAACCGCACCGUGUCCGGCAUCAACAAACUGGUGACAGAUAACGGCCUAGCUCUGAACCAGACGGUGGGGGAGAGUCUGGAGCAGCUGAGCGUGGCGUACCAGGACCAGGCUGACCACAUGUCCAUGGUGCAGAAGCUCCAGGGGCAGCUGGACGAGCUGCUCAGGCUCAUGGAGGACGUGCCCUUCUGGUCUAACACUCAGGUGUCUCUGGAGGAGCUGGCCCGCCACACCGAGGCCUUCGACUUUUACAGGUGGCUGGGGUACCUGGGCCUCCUGCUUUUUGAUGUCCUUAUCUGUCUGCUGGUGCUGUUCGGCCUCAUCCGAAACUCCAGGGGAACUCUCAUCGGUGUGUGUCUUCUGGGCGUGCUCACUUUGGUCAUCAGCUGGGGGUCCCUGGGUCUGGAGCUGGCUGUGGCUGCGUCCGCCAGUGAUUUCUGUGCCUCUCCGGACCUCUACAUCACGAGGGUUACCCAAGAGAACGCCGUCAUCGAUCAGGAUAUCCUGCAGUACUACCUGACGUGCAGCUCUGGGCAGACCAACCCCUUCCAACAGAGGCUGUCAGGCAGUCACAAGGCCCUGGUGGAGAUGCAGGAUGACGUGGCUGAGCUCCUGCGCUCUGCCACUGGAGACUACGCCAGUACUAAGGGGAGCCUGGAGCAGAUCCAGUCCGUGCUGAACUCCACUGAGGUGGGCCUCCAUCAGCUCACGGCCCUGGUGGACUGCCGCAGCCUCCACAUGGACUAUGUCCAGGCUCUGACUGGCCUGUGCUACGAUGGCGUGGAGGGACUCAUCUACCUGGUGCUCUUCUCCUUCGUCACAGCUCUCAUGUUCUCCUCCAUCGUCUGCAGCGUGCCCCACACUUGGCCCCCCAAGAGAUCGGAGGAUGACGACGGGGAGGAUGAGGGGGCGUCGCGCGGCGGUGUACACGAUAACCUGUACCGCGUUCACAUGCCCAGUCUCUACAGCUGUGGCUCCAGCUACGGUAGUGAAGCUAGCCUGCCCGCCACCGCCCACACUGUCAGCAAUGCCCCCGUCACUGAAUACAUGAGCCAGAACGCAAACUUUCAGAACCCUCGGUGUGAGAACACCCCUCUGAUUGGCAGGGAGUCCCCUCCACCCUCUUACACGUCCAGCAUGAGGGCCAAGUACCUGGCCACCAACCGGCCCGAGCAGAACCGCCGCUCCGUGCCCAAUGAGCAGCUGGACCCCUCGAGCCGGCCCCACCCCAGCGCCCGCCCCCAGUCCUCAGUGCACUAAACCCAACUCGCACCCUCCUCGCCUGGGACGCGCCUCCAGGAGGGGACCCCCCCCCUCUCACUCUCCUCUGAUCUGCACAGCCUCUGGGUUCUCUACACUGCCCCCUAGAGGAGAGCACGGUUACAACGCCAACAGAUAACUCCGGGUUUUAGCAUACACUUUUCCACGGGUUCGGUCGGUAUGUUUG